AUGCUACUCGAUAGGAUUGGGUUUUAUUUUCCAAAAGCCCUCAGUAACUUUCUAAUACUUUACACAUGUUGUAUUUGCUUCAGCAGAAUUGAUAUAUUACCAAGAAUCGUGAAUGUAGUGCUACUGAUUACUCUGUCAUCUUUUGCGUUGUACACUUAUUGGAAGAUUAUACGAGUGGGUGCUGGAAGUCCAUUAGAAUAUUCCUUUCUCAAAAUCCAAAGUAUAGAUAAUGUAUUGAACAGGACAGAGCAGCCUCCGGACAUAAUAAAAGAUAAUUGUAUCUUCGUGAAGAGAGACGGAUCUUUUAGAUUUUGUCAAACGUGUGAGAUCUGGAAACCUGAUAGAUGUCAUCAUUGCUCAAAGUGUAAUAAAUGCUUCUUAAAAAUGGAUCAUCAUUGUCCUUGGUUCGCUUCUUGUGUCGGAUUCAGGAACCAAAAAUUCUUUGUCCAGUUCCUAGCAUAUACUACAGUAUACUCUUUAUAUGUUCUACUGAUGACGUCUGCUCAAUUGUACAGCUGGUUCAGACAGAUGAAAUAUAAAUCAGAAUUAUUGGACCUCCAUCUACUGGUUGUAUGGGUACUUAGCGUCAUUGCCGCAAUAGCCACUUUUGCAUUUACCACCUACACAAUAUGGCUUGUCACUAAAAAUGAGACUACUAUAGAGCAGUACGAAUGGGGUAAUAUCAGACAUGAUCUAGAAAUAUAUGGAGAUAGUAUUAAUUGCAAUAUGGGAUCAGUUGACAAUGUUUUUGAUUUGGGAUCUAGGUCUGCAAAUUUCAAUUGCGUGAUGGGUGCCAGUUGGGCGGAAUUACUUUUACCAAUCCAGGUAAGAGCUGAUGAUCCAUUUGAUCCAUAUGCAAAUCAAGGUUUGUUUUUUCCGGUUCAGAGUGAUACAUAUAGAAUAUAUCGCGAAAGCGUGAACUUGCAGCAACGUUUGAUUACGAGACUAACUCUAAGACCGUCGAUAGAACACAUCUAA